UAUAAACAAUUUCAAAGUGUUUUGUCCUAUUCUGACAGAUUUGUUAGGGGGUUGAACGGUGGAGCAGGCCUGUAGGCGCUCCCCUCAACUAAACGAAGGGCCAGUGUGAUUAGAGCAGUCCUGUAGGCGCUCCCGCUGACCUGGAGUUUUCAGAAUAGCGGAUCCUGAAUAGAGCAGUCCUGUAGGCGCUCCGGAUCUUUUGAAAUGGAAAAGGACACGAACACCUCAGGACGAGUUAAUAAAAGAAGGCCCAAUAAAAGAAAACGCAGAGCCGGAAAAAGGGAAAGAGAAAAGAAAUUCCGUAAUAAAAUAUUAUACGAAAUACGAGAACAACUCCGGCUGGCUGAGGAAAACCGAAUUUCGAGUCACCCUGAAGGGCCUUGUUACUCUCCGCCGUCGCAAGCAUCCACAAUAGUGAUAUCGGAUGACGAGGAAACCCCUGAGAUACCGACUAUAGAUACAGAUACGGCAGUUAAAAUUAAUAAUCAUUACGAAUUCCCAACUGAAUUACUAGUCAGAUAUAUUCAGGAUUAUAAAAAGUACAUGCAAAACGUAGAAUAAAUUAUACUAUUUUUGGGGUGCAAUUAAAUAGAGGAUAAUAAAUAAAAUUGAUAUUUGU